UUGGGCUACGUCCUGCUGCCACCCUUCCUGCAGCGCCAGAGCUGGGUGUACCGCCAGAUGAGGGCCGCAGGGCUGAAGCCCGGGGCCCUGAGCCCGCAGGUGCUGCUGACCCACCUGGCCCGCGUGUACGGCAACAUCUUCAGCUUCUUCAUCGGCCACCACCAGGUGGUGGUCCUCAGCGACUUCCACACGGUGCGCGAGGCGCUGGUCCAGCAGGCCGAGGUGUUCAGCGAUCGUCCGCGGCUGCCGCUGGUCUCUCUCAUUACCAAGGAGAAGGGAAUUGUAUUUGCACAUUAUGGUCCAGUCUGGAGGCAACAGAGAAAGUUCUCUCAUGCAACUCUUCGUCAUUUUGGCUUGGGGAAGCUUAGCUUGGAGCCCAAGAUCAUUGAGGAGUUCAACUAUGUGAAAGAGGAAAUGCAAGAGCAUGGUGGAGCCCCCUUCAAUCCUUUCCCCAUUGUCAAUAAUGCCAUCUCGAACAUUAUUUGCUCCUUGUGUUUGGGCCAGCGUUUUGACUAUACCAACAGUGAGUUCAAGAAGAUGCUUCAUUUCAUGUCACGAGGGUUAGAAAUCUCUCUCAACAGCCAGGUGCUCCUGGUCAACAUCUGCUCCUGGCUGUAUUACCUUCCCUUCGGACCAUUUAAGGAGCUAAGACAAAUUGAAAAGGACAUAACCACUUUCCUUAAAAAAAUCAUCAAAGAUCAUCGAGAGUCUCUGGAUGGAGAGCACCCUCAGGACUUCAUAGACAUGUACCUUCUCCACAUGGAAGAGGAAAAGAAAAAUAAUAGCAAGAGUAGUUUCAACGAAGACUACUUAUUUUAUAUUCUUGGGGAUCUCUUCAUUGCCGGGACUGACACCACCACCAACUCUUUGCUUUGGUGCCUUCUGUAUAUGGCACUGCACCCUGAUGUACAAGAGAAGGUUCACGAAGAGAUUCAGAGAGUCAUUGGGCGUGACCGAGCCCCGUCGCUCACUGACAAGGUGCAGAUGCCCUACACAGAGGCCACCAUCAUGGAGGUGCAGAGAUUAACGGUGGUGGUGCCUCUCUCCAUUCCGCAUAUGACGUCAGAGGAAACAGUGCUCCAAGGAUAUGCCAUCCCUAAAGGCACCGUGGUUGUGCCCAACCUGUGGGCAAUACACAGAGACCCGGCCAUCUGGGAGAAGCCAGAGGACUUCUGCCCCAGUCGAUUUCUGGACGAUCAAGGACAACUUAUUAAAAAAGAAAUCUUUAUUCCCUUUGGGAUAGGGAAGCGGGUGUGUAUGGGAGAGCAGCUGGCAAAGAUGGAAUUAUUCCUGAUGUUCGUCAGCCUAAUGCAGAGCUUCACAUUCAGUUUGCCCGAGGAUUCCAAGCAGCCCAUCCUGACUGGAAGAUUCGGUCUGACUUUAGCCCCACAUCCAUUCAAUAUCAUUGCUUCAAAGAGAUAGAACAAGUCUCCCCAAGGAAAUGGCGAACAGAGCCUCAUGCAUCUGUCCCUUGGAACAGGUUUUCUUUUUGCAUUUGACCAUGACAAUUCAGAUCCAGGUGAGACUCAAAUUAAGGAGAGACUGAGAAGCGUAGUGCCCACCAGAGCGGUCACCCCCAAGGGUUCCUCAGCAGGCCCCACCAGCCGUUGGAUGAAGGCUUGCCUGUCGUUUUGGAAACAAGGACCAGAGCCCUGUUCGGGAAGCAGGAGGUCUGGAUUAGAGUGGCUUCCACCAACGAGCCUCUCUGUGCCUCGGUCAUCCUCUGUAGAAUGAUGGUUCCAUCACUAGCCUUCUCUCUACCUCUCAGCACCGAAGCACGACUUGUACCCUUUCUGACCUUGCCGAAGCACCACUAGGUUCUGGAGAGGAGAUGGCAGCGAAGACUGGCCGUGACCUGUGGGCACAUACGAGUCUGUUCACAUGUGAAUACUGGCUCAGAAAGGAACCAUGGUGUUUGGGUUAUGUGGAGCUCUCUGGGCUUUCCUCGGCACAAAUCCUAGGCUACUUUUCUGGCUUGUGAUUGGUGUUUUCCUGUUUCUGGCUUUGUGUGUGUGUGUGUGUACACAUAUAGGAUAAAGCAGACCUCUGUCCAGUAUGUUGGGAGGGGGUGAGGGAGAAAUGAGGAUUUAAAAUUCUGCUUCCGUCAGGUUAUUCACUGUAUUUACCUGGCUACCUUCUCCUUCAGCCCAUGGACACGAUGCCUGGCUGAAGAAGAAGGGGCUUUGGGCCUGAUCCCUUUCUGCAGACUUGACUUGCCACGCCUGCACCUUUUGACCUGCGUGAGCCCUGAGUGGGGAGGCCAGGAAGGUUGAUACUGGUAUCCAUCAAGAAAAGACUUGGCUCCCCAGUGUCCCAAACAUUUCAUUUCCAUUUUUCCUACCCUUCCAACCAAUGUAUCUCCUCCUGGAAAACUCUAGAAAACAGGAAGACAUUCUUACUAUUUGUCAGUGGGACAAAAUUCUUAACUAGAAAAAAGGGGUGUGGGUGGGGGAAGGGUCCCUGUAGAAGAGCAUUUCUCAUUGCGGUGGUGACCAUGUAUAGGGAGUCUCUGGCAAUGUCUGGGUGCAGUUGUGGGGAGUGACAAGGCUGCUGGCCCUGUGCACCUGUAGGGGCCAGGAUGCGAAGUACUGCAACAACAGAGCUCUCAUAGACAUCGAACAGUCGUCUGCCUCUGCAUGCCAGUAUUUGCCACAGCAAGAACACGGCACCAGGACGAAGAGCCCUUCCAUGUGGUCAUCGGUGUGUAGAAGGCGCCACAGGGAUGACAUGAGCGGCCGCGCCUUGACGCCUCCCUCGCGUGGCAACACGCUCAUUGCUUUGCCUGCCCGUCGGUUUACAGUUUGGACAGCAACCCUAGGAAGAGGAUGCUAUUUCACAGCUGCCAAAACAGAAGGCUCUUGAUUCAAAGGUACCAUCCCUGGGUUUCAAACCUACCAGCCCGGGUGACUGGAGAGCUCUUGCUGCACCUGUCUCUGUACUGCUACCACUCAACCCACAGCAGCCAACACUCUGCCUCACUCUGUAGCCACGUGGGUCCAUCUUCCACCCAGACAGAGCUUCUAGAGGUGGGGACCUAUGUCCCUCGCCCCAUUUCACAGUGCCUUGCUCUUAGUGGGUGACCAGCAUGACUGUUCGGAAGUGUUUUUAUUACAGUUGGGUGAUCAUUCUAACCCCUAGGAGCCCCCUGGGGCAGGGUGGAAAUGCCCCAUAGGGGGCCCCAUAGGGGGUACUUGGCUGACGUCUGAAAGCGUAUCACCCAGCAGCCACUGGGUGAGUUAGUAGCACCAACCUUUUGGCUGCCAGCCAAGCACUUAGCUAUUGCACAGUCAGCGCUCCGUGUUGAAAAGUGUACUUACAGAGAAAUCCCACUUUAUUGGAAUAAGUGCAAGAUGUAUUUUUGUUACUUAAUGAUAACAAAAAAUCAAUGUGUGUUAUUUUUUUCAAUGUGUGUUAUUUGUUGGUGUCAGUUAAAGCCUUUUUUUUUUUACUAGAACUUUAUCAUCUCAAACAAUCAUGCGAAGCCAACUGAGAACAAUGCCUUGGCAGUUUAAGCGUAAGUGGGAUGCGAGCGCUGAGCACUGGGAGAGAGACAGGCCCAUCCACCGGCCUGUUUCUGACCUUCCUAAUGGAGGGAAGCAACUCAUGCUGUCCCUGCCGCCGGGGAGAGGAAGGCAAGAUCUCCAGAGGCUGGUAACUUGAGAAAGAAGAGCAAAGGGGAACAUGCAGCUCUGAACCAGAGCGCUUCAGUUAGCAAGGCCCCUGGGAGUUAGCAUCCACUCCCUUCCCAUUUUCCAGACCAAGAGAACCCCAGACCUCACCAACCUCUGGUUUCUCCAUUGGUCAGCAGACCCGCAUUGAGUAGUCGGGUCUUCUUGGUGUGGUCCAAGGCAGUGGUGAGCACUGGGCACUAGUUUUCAUUGCACUUAGCACAUGCCUGGGCAGACUUCAUACUGCACUUCGCACAUGCCUGGGCAAACUUCAUACUGCAUGCUCAAGGAAUGGAAAAAGCAGCUGUUAAUUAAAAACAAAACCGUAAGAGGAGGAGGAAAGAGAACUGAAUAUUCUAUAAGCAAAAAAAUCGGGCUUUUGACUCAACAUCUUCUUUGUAUUAUCUACCGCACAUCUCUCUUCCUUUUUUUAAACGAAGCAGUUUCAAGAUAGGCGCCAUCAAACAACAGACUAAUAUUUAGGUUCCUUGAAGGCUCGUUGUUAUUUGUUAGGGAAAACUGCCAAGGCUCAAUGCAGAGGAACUAAGAGCAACUGGAAAAGCCGGCCGUGAGCCGAGGGGAUGUCUGCGUGGAUGACACUGCGCUGCGGGCGGGCGAGUUGGUUCCUGAUGGGCCCUCGCAGCCUUCUGACUCUGAUGGGCACUUGCAUGUUCAGUCAUCCUGACCAAAGAAGAAGGAGUCCAGGUGGCCCCUUGGUUGACAUGCUCGGCUACUAACCAACAGGUUGCCUUGAGAGCAUCAGCCGUCCCAUGGGAGAAAGAUGCGGCCAUCUGCUUCUGUAACUAGUUACAGCCUUGGAAAGCCUUGAGGGCCGUUCCACUGGGUCGUUAUUUGUCUAGAUCAGGGGUCUGUAAACGGAGGCCCUGGAUGAGUACAUGUGGCUCUGCAGUAAAAUUGAAAAAGCUUACAAGAUAUUCAGAUAAUGGUGAUUUCAUCUGUUUGUAAAAUGAUGGCUCUUGAAUCAUUUUUAAAUAGUUGUGAGGGAGAGGACUGGCUCUUCCAUCUCAAACAUUUGCUGACUCCUAGUCUGGAUCACGUAGACAGCCAUGGGUUUUGUAUAACCGAAGAGUUGUUAACUUGAGAGAUGCCCUCUGCUUUCUGUGAGGUGCUGCUGGAAUCAGAAUUGGCUUGCAUUUUCCACGUAAAGCUUCCAACAGCAGCGCUUGUUGAAAAUCUGUAACUUACCCUUCAUGCUUCCCCGGCACCUGUUGGCAUUUUGUAGUUGUGCGUUUUCCGGUGGACUUGAAAUGUGGAAAUAACUGUGUGUGUUUUUACAAGCGUGCUUUCUUAGUCCUCAUCCUCAAUGUGAUUUUGAUGCUUUUAUUAAACUUAACAGAAAUUGGCA